UAUUCUGUGUUGUGUCUUAUUGCUUAGAACAUUAUGAUUGUAAAUCCCUCCUAUUUCAAAUAAAUGCAGGAGCGAGGGGGGGGGAUUGUUUAGAGCGUGUUGAGAGACUGUGAUCUGAACAAUCUCCCAUACGCCCUCCUCAUGAGAAAAAGUAACAAGCGUCUUCAUUCCUUUUGUGUCUAUUAUAAUGUUGGGUAAGAUUAAUCCAACAUAAAUUGGUCCUUCGAGCCGGAUGUCAACACACCCGAAGAUUCCAGUUGUGGAGCCGACAUCCAGUUAAGAGACCGUGGCCACGGCAUUUGAGACCCUUUCCGGGACUGGUCUUCGGACUUCUCAACUGGGAUCUGGAGGUUGACGACAAUCCAAGGAUUGAAGACGACUUUGCAGGAAACCAAGUUGGUUGGACCGGGAGACUGGGUCCUAAUUCGAAGCAUCAAAAAGAAGCACUGGCAUUCACCAAAGUGGGAAGGACCGUAUCAAGUGUUAUUGACAACACCAACAGCCCUAAAAAUAGCAGAAAGAAAUACGUGGAUUCAUUUAACACACUGUAAAAGAGUCAUUUCAGCUGAGUACUCAAAUAAGGAAGGUGAGCUAAAGUCUGAUAACGGAGCGGGAGCAGAUGUGUAGAUUCUGAAAACGCUUGCUGGUCAGUGAAGAAAAAAGACACCAACCCGUUUAGUGAGAACUCAGCAGAAUGGCACACCCACAUUGGUUACGACAUUUGAUAAGUGGAUACGUAGUAAUUUCGGCUACUAUGGUGUUGGUUUUGUUUUUGUGGUACAUGGGACGUCCCACCCUAAAUGAUAGAACCCAUUUUUUUGAUGGAAAAUCACCUACCAACUGGACCAAUAUGACAAACCCAAUAAUAAAAAAAAUUGAAUCAUUAACUCGUGUCAAAAGGGGUACAACUGAUGAUCAAGUUUGUGGGCAUGGCCUCCAAACACGGCAAAAGGGUUUAAUAUUUUGUGCCCCCCAAAAUCAAGCUGCUUUAAUCAUAAUUCCAUAUGCGGCUCUCACAAAUGACGCUCAAGAGAAUGGGCAAAAUUGGGGAUAUAGAUAUGACUGGUAUGCAACUAUAGGCUUUAAAUGGGAAGACCUUAUUGGUGAAACAGGUUAUGAUUGGUCCAGUUGGUCAAAAAGAACAGCAAAAGAACAUAGAAAGAAAUUUAACCUAAGCAAAACGGUCCAUAGUUUAAUAUUGAAAUACGAAUCAAAUCACCCAAUGUGUUUGACGGUGAGCUUGUGGGCAUAUUCUGGUGGAAAAGAUCCCCACUUCCAAGUAGCAUUGUGUUAUAGGAACCAUGUUGAACCAGAAAUGCCAUUAGAAACUUCAAAUAAAGGUGGAUACAUUUUAACGGUUAACAAAAUAACUACUGAUGAUUGGUUCCUUGUUGUCACAGGAGUUUCAGGACAAAAUAAUAAUUGGUUACUAUUGGUGGAACAAGCAGCAAAUGUAACGAGAAAAGAUUGUGUAGUUUGCAUGGGUCCCAGGCCUUUGUUGCGCAUAGUUCCGGCACAAUUAUCACAAGAUUGUAUUAUUCCAUUCAUGAACGCUACUGUACCAACUAAGAGGUGUAAAUCAUGGGAUCCUAUAUAUCCCGUAACAGAAGCAGAUAAACACAAACCAAUGUUUUCUACUUUAGUAGCACCAAAUAAUUUCACUUGUAUAAACAUGAUUAAUAAAGGGAAAAAAAUUAGGACCACUGAACGACACACAGUGUAAAGUAAUCUUAAAAGUCAAACCAAAUUUUGUGCCAAUAUCACGGAGCGACAUCUGGUGGUGGUGCGGAGAUGAUAGACUGUUUGAUAGAUUACCUAAAGAUAAAUCUGGAUUAUGCGCUAUUAUUACUUUGAUAUUGCAUGUGUCAGUAUACCCUAUUCCUGUUCAAAAUUUAAUGGAAAGGACACCAAUGUUUUUGUCCAAUCUAGAACAUAGACAAAAAAGAGAUUUGUCCUGGCAGGGGCAAAAUAAUCCAACAUACAUAGACGCCAUAGGAGUUCCUCGUGGGGUGCCAAAUCAAUACAAAUUGGCUGACCAAGUUGCAGGAGGAUUUGAGUCUUUCAUAUGCUGGUGGUGUACGAUUAAUAAAAAUGUUGAUAGGAUAAACUACAUCCACUUCAAUGUACAGAGAUUAGGUAAUUGGACUCAGAGUGGGUUGGAAGCUGUGCAUGAGCAGCUCAAGGCUACCUCUUUAAUGACGUUCCAGAACCGCAUAGCUGUCGACAUGCUCCUCGCAAGAGAGGGAGGUGUUUGCGGUAUGUUUGGAGAACAAUGUUGUACAUACAUUCCAAACAAUACUGCUUCGGAUGGGAGCUUGACCAGAGCCAUCGAUGGUCUACGGACCCUCAAUCACAAGAUGAAGAACCACUCUGGGGUGGACACUUCUUUGUGGGACAGCUGGAUGGACGUUUUUGGUAGAUAUAAAACCCUAAUUUCACCAAUAUUGAUAUCAAUUGCUGUUUUUGCAGCCAUUCUGACAUUAUGUGGAUGUUGUUGUAUCCCAUGCAUUCGGUCAUUAAUCAGUAAAUUAAUCACCACAGCCAUAACCCCCAUGGAGAAUCGUCUGGAGCUUAUGUAUCCCUUACUGUAUGAUGAUAAUGAUGAUAAUGAUGAAAAUGAUGAUUAUGAUGAUAAUGAUGAUUUUGCUUUAACUAAUUUGUUUCCUGAUACAGAUGAUUACGAUAUUUAAACUACAACAUUCAUAUAUGACAGGUUUACUCUGAGUGUAAAUGUAUUUGUUUCAUAAAAAUGAUUCUACAGUUAAAAAUCGAAAUGAAGUGACUGUAAGAUGAUAUGAGAAUUUGUGCAAAUACAUGAUAAACAGGAGGGAAAUGUUAAAUAUAUUAUAGAAGUUAUCAUUUAUUUGCUUAGCUUGCAUUAGUAUGAUGGACAAUUUUAGAUGUUUCGCCUUCAAAAAGAAGACUCAGCAUCAUCCAUGGAAGGACGCUUGGACCAAGGACGUGAUCGGAUGUGGUCGGGUCGGGACAGGUGUUGAUCCAAUAUUAUGUGUUGUGUCUUAUUGCUUAGAAUACUAUGUCUGGGAAAAAACCCUCUUAUUAUCAAAUAUUUUGUGUUGUGUCUUAUUACUUAGAAUAAUAUCAAAUAUUUUGUGUUGUGUCUUAUUACUUAGAAUAAUAUCAAAUAUUUUGUGUUGUGUCUUAUUACUUAGAAUAAUAUCAAAUAUUAUGUGUUGUGUCUUAUUGCUUAAAAUACUAUGUCUGGGAAAAAACCCUCUUAUUAUCAAAUAUUAUGUGUUGUGUCUUAUUGCUUAAAAUACUAUGUCUGGGAAAAAACCCUCUUAUUAUCAAAUAUUCUGUGUUGUGUCUUAUUGCUUAGAACAUUAUGAUUGUAAAUCCCUCCUAUUUCAAAUAAAUGCAGGAGCGAGGGGGGGGGAUUGUUUAGAGCGUGUUGAGAGACUGUGAUCUGAACAAUCUCCCAUACGCCCUCCUCAUGAGAAAAAGUAACAAGC